GCUUGCAAACAUUCGAGAGGGAAACAAAGAAGGAGAAAACAUCUCGCUGCUGUUGGACGCAAAAACUGGAAUAAUUUACUCUUUUUUAAACCCCGGAAUACCCCCGAAAUUAAUAAGAUUUCCGUCAUGUCUCACAAACAGAUCUACUACUCUGACAAAUAUGACGAUGACAAAUACGAGUACAGGCAUGUAAUGUUACCCAAAGACAUUGCAAAGCGUGUACCUAAGACCCAUCUGAUGUCGGAGACCGAGUGGAGGAACCUGGGUGUCCAACAGAGCCAAGGAUGGGUGCAUUACAUGAUCCACCAGCCAGAGCCACACAUCUUGCUGUUCCGGCGUCCUCUGCCCAACCCAAAAUCCUAAGUGACAGAUGCUCUGGGUCCUUGGAAGAUCAGUCCCACUUAUGUGCCACAGAUCGACGCAUCAAAAUAGAGAUCAUGCUGUCAGAUUCCCAAUGUGUGGUCGAUGACUUGUAAUUUGGGCUGAUCGUGUCGGACCUGGAGAAGGACUAUCACACUUAUGAACAGUGGUUGUGGAUGGAUUAUGUGUUGAAGGAACAAAAUCAUCACCCUUCUCUCGAGGAAAAGACUUGUGCACGUGUUAAAAGCAACACACCGUCUGCCAGAAACAUUCAGAUCAGCUAACACCGUCUUUUUGACUUAAUCUUUCUGUCCAACUUGCUGAACCUGCUUGGAUAUUCCAGCUUUUUAGAACAAUUGUAAUAAGAUGUGGGGAGUGAAACUUGUUCAAACAUUUGAGUUAUUCUAACAGAGUGCGCUCUGGGUCGAGCUCAGGUCACAACACAAGCCAGAUAGAAUAGUUGGAUCCUAAAUUAAGUUCAACUCUGAAACAAACUGCGGUUUUAAGUUACAUGUUGCUGCUCAGUUUAAAUGACACUGUAAAUUGGCAUUUAACAAUCUGUCAUGUGCAUGAAAAGCCGCAUCUAUAAUAGUCUCCUAACUAGUCUUGAUCACUUUUUUCAAUAAGAGCAUAUAUUACUCUGGGGCCUACUUUAAAAGAAAUCUUGUUGAUGGGUCUGAUUGUACCAGUUAGCUGCUCAGUAUUUAUGAAUGUGUUGCCCUUUCUGAAAUAAAUGUAAACUUUUUAAAAUCUUAUUAGUGUGGACUUGUGUUUUGACAGUAUUUGGUGUAUACAACUACUGUACGAUCACACAGAGCCACUUUACACAUGAAAGGCGUGUUAAAAAGAAUAAAAAAAAAAAAAAAAGUGGUUGAUGGCUUUAAUGGCAGACAAUACCCUAAGAUGCUCUUAUAGAAUUAACCCAAAUCAUUGAAUCAGAUAUUGAAAAGGCAAUUGCAUUCAUUUUGGUUUGGUAUUAUAUGAUAUUGCUUUGAGGCACUUGUGUGUGUGGAUUUUUUUUUUUUUUUUUUUUUUUUUUAAAUUCUGAAUACUUGCACCCACCCACUCUGUCAUGUGCCAGUUUGCGGCCUGUCCCGCUUUACUACCAUGUUCUAGCUUCUCUGCUGUCAUUUGAGGUUAAGAUUUCACGUUAAAGUUGUUCUGUGAACUUGUGCCUUUUUGUAAAGUUUGCUUUUCACUUUUUUCUGACGGAAUUAGUUUGUAUAAUUACACGUGUUGGUGUCGAGAUGUUCUCCAUUUCAGAAUUAAAUCAGUAUGAGGAGAGUCACAAUGCAUUUACUCUUUGGAAUAAGUGUGCGGUGGGGGAUCGACCUUGUUUAGUAAUCCUGACAAUAAUACUAAAAUAAUGGAUUAUUACAGAUGAAGUUUGGAACAAUGUGUUGCAGCUGCAUCAAAGUGGAAAAACUGUACUCAUCUGUUUGCCAAUUUUAUCAUCUUUUUGAACACUAAGUGCUGGAAAAAUCAACAAAAACUUCACUUUAAAAUCUUUAGUUUAUAUCCCAUCAUUUAGUGCUUGGUACAGAAGAAAAUCCACCAGACAGCAGCAUGAAAUUCUUCUGAAUACACCCUCACCUCUCGCUGUUUCCUCUGUCAACUGUAAAAUGAGGGCAGUAUGGGAUGAUUCCCAUGUCCUUCCCAACAGCCUGUUUUCAAAGGCAACCAGAUCUCAGAACAAAACAAAAUUCUGUUAACUCAUGAACUGCACGUACUGAUGCACCCACACCAGACAAAAUAACCAUUUGAUAAUGGUAAAGAAAUUGACGUGCACCUGCUGUACAAGUUGAAACACAUCACAUAAUUAUAUGACGUGACAUUUCAUGCAAAUGUAAUGUGAAGUGUCAUUUUCACUGCAAAUGUACUUACAAUAUAACAGAUUGAAUUGAAGCACAGUGAAAGAGGCUCACUCACAUCAGGCCUGUUGCAACAAUGCUUUAAACUGUUUCACAUUUAACAUUAGCACUGCUUUAUUCCUGCUGUAGGGAACUUUCCCUUUCAACGCCUGUGAUGUUUCUGUAUGCGCCGUUUCUUUUAUUACCAAUCACUAAUGCUGCCGUUCGGAAAAUAAAACUAUUGUUUCACAAUGCUGAAUAUUUUAUGUUCAUACAGCUUUUUAAGAAAUUAUUCUGACAUUAACUGCUUUCCUGUAUGACCCUGGGAACGACUAGCAGCUUUUUCUACUAAACCUGUGUGUUAAUGGAAUAUGUGUGAGCCACAACUGUGCUGUGAACUUGCCAUAUGUAUGAUAAUCAGGUGUUGAGCCACAUCACUUUACCUGUUGUAGUACAAUGUGAUGAAGGUGUGUAUGCCAGACAGCUCACUUUGUGAACGUGUGAUAUUAUGGUGCACAGUUGGUGUUCAUCCAGUGGCACAGUGAUACUGCAUCUGUUGUCUGGCACUGUGACCAGACUCUUGUUUUACUUAUUUGUGGCCUGUAAUCCAAUUCCAAUUUCUCCCUUCUCAUGUGUAAUAUGGGUCUCAUCUACUGGUAAAUGUCUCUGUGAGUGUAAUGGACAAAAUGUUUUACUGAAUGGGCAAGUCGUUACAACGGUGUACGUGCAUAAAGGGAGAGGCAGACACAGCAUCUGCUACACAUUUAGCAGUGAUACGUGGUGUAAACAACUAGUGGAUUAUUGCUGCAUGAAAAGGCAGUGACAAAACUUAAAAGGCUGGAUCAUUCAGAGGAUAUGUUUUGUUGGUUUGGGUGUCCGUUUUAAACAGGAUUCAGCUCUUCAUGAAUUAAGUUUUGUUCUUUAAAGACCCUCUUUAAAGGAGCUUUAAAUUACAUGACACCACUGAUAUAUAAUAAUACACGUGACUAAGAAUUUAGGUUGGAAAUCGCUGUCAGGGCUUCAACAACCAUUUUCUUUUCAUCAUCGAUGAAUCUGCUGUUUACUUUCUGAAUCGUUUGGUCUAUAAGAUCACAGAAAAUAAUUAAAAAUGUCCAAUUUCUUUA